GCCGGAGCAGCAAAAGUCUUGGCUGUGGUUGAUAAUUUUGUACAGGCUAUGACAAACACAUUGGAUAAAUCGGAAAACAAAACAACCACGAUCAAAACUCCAAACUUAGUUGUCAGUGUCAGUAAGAUAGAGAAAGGAUCGGAUGAUGUCAGCUUUCCAAAGAGGGGCGAGAAGAUAGAAAAUGUGAAAAGCUCCAUAACAAUACCAGCAAAGUCGUUGAAAGGUAUGUCAUCAUUUUCAACAGUUGUGUAUAAAAAUCUUUCUGGGAUUCUUACGACAAGUAAUAAAGGGGAAGGCCAAAAGCAAAAGAAGAAAAUAAAUUCAGAAGUCGUCUCGUUAACCAUGGCAAACUGGGAAAGAAACAAAGAUUUUUCUGUCACCCUUAAUAUUGGACAUUUUCAGGAAGAGCUUUCUUCACCCGCGUGUAAUUUCUGGAACACAUCCUUAAACGGUUGGGAUACGCUUGGAUGUAGUCUGAAAGCAACAGAUAGUAUCUCUACAACAUGUGAAUGUAACCACCUCACAAAUUUUGCCAUCCUGAUGAGUCCAUUUGAGUCGAAUAAUGUUGACACAAAAGCCAUAGACGUUAUAUCGCUGGUUGGCUGUAGUGUAUCAUUGCUUGGUUUGCUGAUAACAGUCGGGAUGCAUAUCUAUCUUUGGAGAUACAUGAAAUCUGACCGAGCCAAGAUUUUGAUGAAUCUUUCUGUAGCCUUAAUUAUUUCUUACGCAAUUUUUAUCGGAGGAGUCGACAGGACCGAAAACAAGGAUGUGUGCACGGCAAUGGCGGUACUACUGCAGUACAUCUACCUGGUUGUGUUUUUCCUGAUGCUUACCGAGGGUGUGGAGAUCGCCUUUAUGGUGCUAUACGUAUUCUCCACUCGCUCAAGGAUCCGCUGGAUGUUACCACUUGCAUGGCUACUUCCUGCAGUUAUCGUUGGAAUUUCUUUAGGAGCCACACAAUUAGAGGGAUACGGGAACGAACAGUUUUGCUGGUUGUCCGUGGAAGGCGGUCUUAUUUGGGCGUUUGUUGCCCCAGCACUUCUUAUCAUUUUGGUUAAUUUCGUGCUGUUGAUUUUGAUUGUGAGAGCAACAUUCAAUGCCCAAUCACUUGCCCAAAAAUCGAAACAAGAAAAAUCUAAGGCUGGGGUACGGUGCCUGUGCGUGUUGCUGCCACUUAUGGGGUGCACUUGGGUGUUAGGCAUAUUCUAUGUAAACGAGAACAUGGCUUGGGUGCAGUAUGUGUUUGCGGUCUUCAAUAGCUUACAGGGUUUUGUGAUAUUCCUGUUCCAUUGUGCAACGAAUCAGCAGGUCAGAACGUCAUUCCAAAAGAAAAGCAAACGAAAACAUUCGGAGUCCUUUCUUUCAACCAAAUCAAGUGGAAAAGCUAUCUCCCUGCCCAGAAUUUCGUUGACUGAUGUUUCUGAUGUCAGCUACUCUUACGAUCAACCAUUCAAAUUUGAGCAUCAACUGUGAAGGAUGGACAUAACCUUUCUAUAACCAUGUGUUGAACACUGACACAGCAUUGGAUAGAAAUAUGUGACAGUUAGUCUAUAUGUGUUAAAUUCGACACAAUCAUUUUCUGCGGAGAGAGUUUAGAGGUAUAUGUAAUAUAGGAACAAUUCUACAUGGCCUUUUGUAUGUUUCUUCUUUUUUGUGUAUGUUACUCUACUAACAUGUAUCUGAGUUCAUAGUAUAGCUCUGUAUUUACUUAGAAAGAUAUAUGUAUAGUUUAACCUCCAUUUUCAAAUUACUCAUGUAUGUUGUUUAUUUCUUAGUGUACGUAUUUAUAUUACACUCUGUUAUACAACUGUUGCAAAUGUUAUACCAGUGUAUAUUUACGUUGACUGAAAAUGGAAUGAGAACAUGUCUGUAUUGAAUUUUAUGAACGAUGUACAAGUCUAAUUAACACGUCCUGUUAUAUUCCGUUCCAUUAACUUUACACACUUUUCAAAUGGAAAUUUAAUCCAGUCUCUUUUUAUAUUUUCAGUAGCGCAUUCAAAUACAAACGUUAUAUACCUGCAUUAUUGUAUAUUUUAUUGAUUCAAUUGAUGACAGUUUAUACGUUAAUCAGAAUAAUUGCACAUACAUUUUUUAUUAUAAUUGUCUGGAUAGACCUAAAAUCUAACAGAUGCUCUUGAACUUUUAAAGCCCAUCGACUUGGAUGUAUAAUUUUCAGUGAUUGUAAACAUAGUUCAAAUCAUUAUCGUAAAAUAAUCAAGUUCAUGUUCAUGUAUUUUGACAAAUAAUGACAAUAAAUUAAAUUGAUUUUUAGUGAGAGAGUGAAAUACGAUUGGUGAAUGCAAGCCAGUGUAAAAUAAUAUGUUUGUGUUUGUACUUUAAUAUUGUUUAUGUUGAUUUUCUAUGAAAUGAACAAAAAUAUGCUGUAUA